GAUACUAUUUCUUCAUGGACGGCUUUGACGACUUGUUAUCAUCUUCCUCACAUGCAUUCGGUGAUAAUCCGUUUGCGAAUCCAUUUGAGAAGCCACGAUCAAGCUCACCCGAUCCUUGGGCAUCGUUCGGCCAAACGCAGCAGACGCACGAAGAGUAUUCUGCACACUUUGAGGAAGACAGGUUUGAGGCCACCAGUGGAGGCGCAGAGCCUUUGGAUAUUACGAAGGCACAUGAAGACGAGGUCAAGGAACAUAAAGAUGUGCAAGAGGAACACGAUGCGGGUCCUCUUACUAUAGAGGAGGAUGUCCAUGACAGUACAAGUUUGCAGAGUCCGGGCUUUCGAGAGAGCAUAGCAGUAGAUGAUGUCCCAACACCAGAGUCGCCCAAAUCAUCAGCUUCAGAUGCACACUCGCCUGUCACCGAAGAACCUACAACAGCUGCGGAGUCGUCGCCUCGCAGUAGAACCCCGACAAUUCAAUCGCCACCUUCGGCCAGUAUCGCAGACCACUCCCAGGAAAACCAAUCAACUCCCCCUAUCCCUCCCCCUUUAACAAAUCGUUUUGUCUCUCCACUGGACUAUCCUAGCCUCGAAGCGUCUCACUCGUUCGCAAGCCUCGCCCUUGGGGGAGAGAGCGCUGGGGGUUGGCAAGAUUCGGAAGCGGAGUACAGCCGUUCCGUGACGGAUACCUCAGAGGAUGUAAAGCAGAGUCCAGUUGAGACUGCGAGCUCCUUGAACGAAUCUACAGAGGAUGAGCCUCAAGUAAAGAAAGUUCUUGGAUCACAGCGGCUCUUCUCUAUUAGAGUCGAAGAUCCACAGAAAGUAGGGGAUCCUAUUAGGCCGUAUAUCUUGUAUACUGUUCACACCGAGACCACCUCGCCGCUCUUCACCAAACCCUCUUUUUCCGUGUUAAGACGCUAUUCUGACUUUCUCUGGUUAUACGAAACGCUGUCGUUGAACAACCCCGGGGUAAUCGUCCCGCCCGUCCCAGAGAAGAGCUCCUUCGGUAGAUUUGCCAAUCUCUUCGUCCAACAACGACGAUUAGCGCUGGAGAUAUGUAUCCGAAAGAUCGCUAACCAUCCUGUUUUGGCAAAGGACCCGGACUUGAAGCUAUUCUUGGAGAGUGAUAAUUUCGCGCUUGAGAUCAAACAUAGGAAAACCGAGAUCGCGCAGGAGCGUGGAGGGAUUAUGUCUAGCAUCGGUCAGACGAUAUCGGGAUCACGAUUCGUCGAAACAGAUGAUUGGUUUGAGAGAAAGAAGGCCUAUCUUGACGGCUUAGAAUCCCAACUUAGGGGAUUGGUGAAAUCAAUCGAUUCCGUUUCAAAGCAGCGUGAAGAUUUAGCCAUUGCCACAGGCGAAUUUGCUAUCGCCGUCCGAGAGCUAUCAGAGUCUGACCUCAGCAAACAGCUUUGCCAUUCUCUUUCCGUCUUGUCUGAAGCUGAGAGGAAGGCUCAAGAUCUUCAACAUGUACAGGCUCAGGAGGAUACUAUGACUUUCAUGACUACAGCCGAAGAGUAUGCCCGUGUUAUCAAUUCAGUACGGAUGGCCUUCAACUCCCGCGCGCGUUGCCACUCACAAUGGCAACAUGCGGAAAGCGAGCUGCGUCGAGUCAAACAAGCACACGAGAAGGCGCGUAGUCAAGGUCGUAUUCCGCAGGAACGGAUGAGCCAUGCUCUGGCUCAGGUUGCAGAAGCAGAAAGAAAGGCUCUCGACGCGAAGCACGAUUUUGAACGCUGUGGGAAACUUCUGAAAGUUGAAUUGGGGCGGUUUGAAGAAGAGCGGAUAGUUGAUUUCAAGAAAGCUAUGGAAGCGUUCCUUGAAGGGAUGAUACAACGACAAAAAGAGGUCAGUUCGGGUGCUGAGUCCUGCAUUAUCCAUGGUACUCAUACGGUCAAUGGUGUAGUUAAUUGUUGCGUGGGAGGAGUAUCAAGAACUUCUCUUAAAGAAAGUCAACUCGAAGCCACCUGCGGCAAACUCUCAGGAGAUCGCUGGAAAUGCGUAAUGAUACUGCCCAGAAAGUGA